UAUUCAAUAGGGAAAUGCAAGCUAAAACCACAGUGAGAUAUCACUGUACGACUAUUAGAAUAAUGAAAAUAAAAAAUGGCAGCAUGACCAAAUGCUGGUGAUGGUGCUGACAAAUGAUCUCUUAUACUUCGCUGGUAGGAAUGUAAAAGAGUUCAGCCACACCGGAAAAAUUUCUUAAGAAACUAAACAUAUACUUCCCAUAUGACUCAGCAGUUAUAGCCAUUUAUCCCAGAAAAAUGAAAAUCUAUGCCCACCCCAAAACCUGUAUGUAAUUAUUCAUGGCAGCUUUUUUGGUAAUAGCCCAAAACUAGAAAAAAACAAAAUCUCCCUUCAUAGGCAAAUGGUUAACCAAAUUGUGGUACAUCCAUACCAUUGACUACUAUUCAGCAAUAAAGAGAGAUGAAAUACUGAUAAACACAAUUUGGAUGGGUCUCAAGAGCAUGAUGCUGACUGCAAAAUGGCAAUCUCUAAAGGUAACCAUGACAUUUGAUGAUGUGGCCUUAUAUUUUUCAAAGCAAGAGUGGGAGAUCCUGGAAAAUUGGCAGAAGGAAAUGUAUCAGCAAGUGAUGAAGACUAAUUAUGAGAUCCUUAAUUCCCUGGGCUGUAUUUCUUCCAAGCCAGAUUUGAUCACCUGGAUGGAACAAGAGAGAAUGCUAUUAAUUGGAGAUCAGGGACGCUUUGAGAAAAUCAGGAUGACACUUAGCCAUUGUAUUGAGAAGCAAUUGGACUUGAAGAACACUGGAACAUCACUGUGUUCUGGUGACCAAGGAACUCUCAGGGUAGAAGAGGAAUGCCAUUUAAAUGGUCUCCAAAAGCAGGGCUUGUGUGCUACCUCAUCAGGGGAAGAAAAGAUUUUACCAGCUCAAAGAGCUACCUUACAACAUCCAAGUUUCCAAGAAAUAGGGAUUCUGCAUAAAAACUUCUACAUCUCAGCGUCUAGUCAGGACAAGAACAAUCCGUGGCAUAAGCCGGUGGGUCCCCCAGGUCACCAGGAAAUUCCACCAGGGCUGAGAUUUUAUUCCUGCUUUGUGUGUAGGAAAGUCUUCCACGUAAAGAGAGACUUGGUAAAGCAUCAAAGGAACCACUCCAAGAGCCAGAUCCCUCAGUGUCCACAGUACAAGGACAAAUCCAGAAGGAACUCUGAACUCAGGUGGACCCGGAUGGUCCUGUGUAAGAAGAAGCGUUUCCAGUGCAGUCAGUGCAAGAAGAGCUACUUUGUGAAGUGCAGUCUGAUCGCUCACCAGGCCGUGCACUCGGGGCAACGGCCCUUCCAGUGCCCUCAGUGUGACAAGACCUUCUGGUAUAAAGCCAUUUUGAAGAAGCACCAGUCUUUACACAAAGGAGAGAGACCAUUUUCCUGUCAGGAGUCUGGCAAGAGGAUUUCCUGGCCCUCUAAGCUCUCCUGUCACAGCAGAGUCCACAGCGGGCGAGAGGAACUCUCCUGUGCCGAGUGCAUGAAGACUUUCCCUCAGCAGUGCCGGCUCAGGGAGCACCUCAAGGUCCACAGCAAGGAGAAGCCAUUCUCCUGUGCCCAGUGCAGCCGGAGCUUCCGCCACCACUCAGACCUCACUGAGCACAAGAGGCUUCACAGGGGCGAGAAGCCCUUCCAGUGUCCUGAGUGCGAUAAAAGUUUCCACAUGCAGAGAAGUUUGAAGGCCCAUCUUUGCCAGCACACUGGGGAGAAGCCCUUCCAGUGUCCGGAGUGCGGCAAAAGCUUUUCCCGGAAGGCUGCCAUGAAGGCCCAUCAGAGGAUGCACAGUAGGGAGAAGCUAUUUUCUUGUGACAAAUGUGAUAAGAAAUUCACCCAGAAGACCAAACUCAUUGAGCACGUCACAGUUCAUACGGGAGAGAAGCCCUUCCAGUGUCCUGAGUGUACGAAAAGCUUCCGCCUAAAAAGGAGCCUCAAAGUUCAUCUGUUUCUGCACACUGGGAAGAAGCCCUUCCAGUGUCCGGAGUGUGGGAGGCCCUUCUCCCGGAGGAAUGUCAUGAAGGACCACCUGCGUCUGCACAGCAAGGAGAAGCCGUUCUCCUGUGCCGAGUGCACGAAGACCUUCCCUCAGCAGUGCAGGCUCAGGGAGCACCUCAAGGUCCACAGCAAGGAGAAGCCAUUCUCCUGUGCCGAGUGCAAAAAGACCUUCCCUCAGCAGUGCCGGCUCAGGGAGCACCUCAGGGUCCACAGCAAGGAGAAGCCAUUCUCUUGUGCCGUGUGCAGCCGGAGCUUCCGCCACCUCUCGUACCUCACUGAGCACAAGAGGCUCCACAGUGGGGAGAAGCCCUUCCAGUGCCCGGAGUGUGACAAGAGCUUCUUCUGGAAGGCCUCCAUGAAGUACCACCAGUGGCUACACAGGGGCGGGAAGCCCUUCGUGUGUAGGGAGUGUGGGAAGGCCUACACUCAGCAGUAUCAGCUCACUGAACACACGCGGGUCCACAGUGGGGAGAAGCCCUUCCAGUGUCUGGAGUGUGACAAAAGCUUCUCCUGGAAGGCCUCCAUGAAGUCCCACCAAUGGCUACACAGGGGCGAGAAGCCCUUCGUGUGUAGGGAGUGUGGGAAGGCCUACACUCAGCAGUAUCGGCUCACUGAACACAUGCGGGCCCACAGUGGGGAGAAGCCAUUCCAGUGUCCAGAGUGUGACAAGAGCUUCUGCACAAGGGGAAGUCUGAGGGUCCAUUUGCUCACGCACGAUGGACAGAAGAAGCCCUUCACGUGUCCUGAAUGUGGCAAAGGCUUCCUCCAAAAAGGACGUUUGGAAACCCAUCUGCACAAGCACAGAGGGGAGAGGCCUUUUUCUUGUGAUGAGUGUGGAAGGAGCUUUACAUACACAGGGGCACUCGCCACCCAUAUUGCUGCAGUACACUCCAGGGAAAACGCCUUCAGCCUCUAGGUCAAGCCACACAGAAAGUGAGCGGCGAACCCUGGCUUCAGACACAGUGGCAGAUGCAUAGCAGGUGGGGCGUGACAGUUCCUUGACAAAGGUUCCAGAUAAGACAGGCAUCUCCCCUCUAAAUUCCUCAUGGGCAGGGCCUGCCAGUCAGGGAAGGACAUUUUAUUUUUGUUCUGUUUCAUCAGCUUUUUCAGUGUCAUCCAGAAGCAUGGUAAUCCUUUCAUUCAAUAUGUGAAACUACACUCUGAGGGAAGAAAUGUUACAGACUGAAAUGUUUCCCCCAAAACACCUCAUUCUGCUUUCCACUACCAGGCUUCCUUAUUUAAUUGAGUUUUUCAGUUUCUCUCAGUGAAUUUGCAUUUUCUCUCAAAUGUUAAGAAGACAUCUGUGUCUUGGGGGAAUUUGUCUACAUUGCUCUAAAUAAAUCUUGUCUACCAUCUCAUUUGUCAGAAUGUUAGCCACAUAAAUGUUAUUUCCUUCUGGAUUAAUUUAAAUCACCUAAAAAUCCACCAUUGUGAGUAACAAGCAGUGGUACAUGUCUAACCCCUCUGCAUUUCCAACAGCUGGUGUCAAUUCUGCAACGUUAGGAUCUCUGAGUUAAGUACCAAAGGAAAAAAUAUUGUCAGACCAUGGCAUCACUCCAUUUGUGGCCUAAUCUAUCGUAAGGCAACUUUCCAGUUCUAGCAAACAUUUGUCCAUCGCUUGGGACUGUCUAUCUUUAACAUUAUUCCUAUAAGAACUUACAGAUUUCCUUCCUUAAGGAUCUUUGGGGCCUACAUAAAUGCUCUGUCUUUGUUAGCACAACAUGUGGUCCCAGAUUACCUGAAUCGGUCACCUGGCACCAAGGGUGCUCCGUGAAUCAUAGUGUCUAAACAAAGGUGCCAUCUUUGGUCCGUAUAUUCCUGUAGGUGCCAGCCUCUUGGUGAGUCAAUGGUUCCUUUGUGUGAAGAAAGUGACACUUUUCUCUACCCUGUACCAGGGCAUGUGAGCCAGAUGUCAGCUCUGGCUGGCCUCUACCAGUGUACCUUAGGGCAACUCUGCCUUGGGAUACACAUUAAAAAAAUGCAGACCACUGGGACCCGCCCCAGAUGUGAGUGACAAUCUUCCCAGGUGAUCUUGUGCAAACAAGUUUCAGAACAUUUGACCUAGUGAGUCUAGAGACACUGGAGGAAGGAAAACUAUGUUUAUAAGAGAGACUGGAAGUUUAACAAAAAAAUAGAGCAUUUACAUUAGAGUACCAGAAUUAUGGAAACAUUUACUUGUUUUAAAAUUUGUUUUAUUG